AUGGGUGGCGCCUCCGCUCCUUCUAAAGGGAAGACUAAGGCCUCUUCGAGCAAAGUCAGGAAAAUGGACUUUGACUACUCUAGCUUGGUGCCUGCCGCUACUGAGGAGGCAUCUUCUCCUCAUUUGGUCCCUCCUUUGAAUCCGCGCGACCCCUUCCCAGAGAAAACCUUGGGGAAGCGCCCUACUUUUACGAGUUCUUCUGCUGAGCUGCAAAAGAAAAAGAAGAAGCCUGGACUUGGAGGUAUUGACGAGAUCCUGGCGCAUCCUCUCUCCCGGCGUGUUGUGAAGCCAAAAGAGCUUGUUCCGAUCUCUCCUUCUACUGCACUCAACGCUCCAAGCGCAUUUACUUCUGGCACGGAGUUGAGAAACUUUCUGAAGCUCCCUCUCGACGAGGGCACCUCUCCUGCAGGCUCGGCAUGUCAACAUUUGUUUCAGGCAAUGCUUGAUGUGGUGGCACUUUUUGAUAAAAGUCUGGAGAACCGCGAGCGUGCUCACAAGAACUACCUGCUUGCUUCUCAACUGAAGUCUGAUAAGGCCAUCCUGCAAGGCGUCAACUCUCGCUUGGGCGACAAGUUGUCCUUGGUGAAGCAAUUACUUUCUGAUGCCCUAGCUGCCGAGAGCGUCUCUGCUCGUGAGGAAAUGGAGAAAGAGUUGGCACUUCGGUCCAAAAAGAUUGAGGAUUUGGAGAAGGAGGUGCAUGCCAUGUCUUCAGUUGGGAAGCGCCAGCAGGAGUUCAAGAAGAAACUAGACAAUGAACGUGAGGAUGUUGUGGAUGCUCAUUUGACGUCAGCGGAGUUUCGCAACUGGCAGCGAGACCUCCUAAUUGGUGUGGAGAAGAGAGCUUUCAUUGGCAUCCGCAAGAAAGCUCGCUUCGAUAACCCUGUCAUGAAGUGGGACACUCCCGAGGUUUGGCAGGCAAUGGAUGAUUACUUUCUGUCUCUUUGUACAGACCAUGAGCCUGCCGACUCGGAUAUGUUCCCAUUAGAUGAGGGUAACUCUUCAGCUGAUGAUAUCGAGGUUGACGUUGAGGGGGUCGGUGAUGAAGAAGUGGGUGACAACGUCGAGGGUGCUACCGAUGCCGAUGCUGGUGCCGAGGAGGAUGGUGGGAAGGAUGCUCCUGCUACUGACGGUCAGGGUGGCGCCUCAGAUGGUGCCACCUUCGACGACUCUGGCUCUUCCGAUGAUGCUUCGAGCAAGUCAGACUAG